GAUGAUGAUGAAGAUGAUGAUGUUUCUUCACUGGACGAUGAUGAUGAAGAUGAAGAUGUUGUUGUCUCGUCACUAGAUGAUGAUGAAGAUGAUGAUGUUUCUUCACUAGAUGAUGAUGAUGAAGAUGUUGUUGUCUCUUCACUAGAUGAUGAUGAAGAUGAAGAUGUUGUUGUCUCUUCACUAGAUGAUGAUGAAGAUGAUGAUGUUUCUUCACUUGACGAUGAUGAUGAAGAUGAUGAUGUUUCUUCACUUGACGAUGAUGAUGUUGUUUCUUCACUAGAUGACGAUGAUGAAGAUGAAGAUGUUGUUGCCUCUUCACUAGAUGAUGAUGAAGAUGAUGUUGUUUCUUCACUAGAUGAUGAUGAUGAAGAUGAUGUUGUCUCUUCACUAGAUGAUGAUGAAGAUGAUGAUGUUGUUGUCUCUUCACUAGAUGAUGAUGAAGAUGAUGAUGUUUCUUCACUUGACGAUGAUGAUGAAGAUGAUGAUGUUUCUUCACUUGACGAUGAUGAUAAAGAUGAAGAUGUUGUUGUCUCGUCACUAGAUGAUGAUGAAGAUGAUGUUGUUUCUUCACUUGACGAUGAUGAAGAUGAUGAUGUUUCUUCACUAGAUGACGAUGAUGAUAAAGAUGAAGAUGUUGUUGUCUCGUCACUAGAUGAUGAUGAUGUUGUUGUUUCUUCACUAGAUGAUGAUGAAGAUGAUGAUGUUUCUUCACUAGAUGAUGAUGAUGAAGAUGUUGUUGUCUCGUCACUAGAUGAUGAUGAUGAAGAUGUUUCUUCACUUGACGAUGAUGAUGAUGUUGUUGCCUCUUCACUAGAUGAUGAUGAAGAUGAUGAUGUUUCUUCACCUGACGAUGAUGAUAAAGAUGAAGAUGUUGUUGUCUCUUCACUAGAUGAUGAUGAAGAUGAUGUUGUUUCUUCACUAGAUGACGAUGAUGAAGAUGAAGAUGUUAUUGCCUCUUCACUAGAUGAUGAUGAAGAUGAUGUUGUCUCGUCACUAGAUGAUGAUGAUGUUGUUGUUUCUUCACUAGAUGAUGAUGAAGAUGAUGUUGUCUCUUCACUUG